AUCUUUAUUUUCUUUUUUCUUUUUUUUCUUUUUUGUAUUUCUAAAGGAUAAGGAGACCGUAGAAAUUCUUAUGCCUCUUUGUAAACGAUACAAGCAUUCAGUAACACAAAUGCUUCUUGUAUUUAAAGGCAAUCUAAUCGAAAUGAUUGACUGAUUAUUAAAAGUCAGGGUGCGGUAGAUUCCGUCCCUCGGUAUUCGCACGGGCGUGUUGCUGAUAGGGUCACACGGAUCGUCUGUCAGUCCAACCACGGCUUCUGUUAACUAUUCCAGCAGUAAUACUUAUCAUCAGUUGUACAUUAUACUCAUACCGUCGGUAUUUAUUUGCCCUUUUGUCAAAUACUGCAAGAACUCUGUCAGCUUGUACGUGGAAAUGAGAGAAUAAAUAGAAAAACACAAGUUUUACACAACGAAAAAUACAAGCUGUAGAAAGAGGAAGAAGAAAGAAACUGUAAAGAUUUCACAAGGACAUUUCUUACAAGGCAGAUUAAUGGCACGAAAAUAACAUGAAAUUGGAGAUUCAUACGAUCGGAAGGCGAUUAUAACGUCCCCAGAGACCCACAAGAGAAGGAAAACACGCACAAUGAUGGAACGAACUACCUACGGUGUGGUGAUUCUCGGUGUGGGUUUCAUGUUCAUCGGCACAUCCUUUCAGACACAAGGGAACAUGCAGCAACUCGUCAUCAAGAGCAUCCAAGAGGAAGACCCGGACUUCGAGGGCUCUGGCUACAUCUCCCUGGCCGUCAUCUACGCCGUCUUCGCCGCCUUCAACUGGCUCGCCCCUUCCUGCCUCAGCUUCCUGGGGCCCAAGCUGACUAUGAUCGUCGGGGGCGCCACCUACGCAAUAUUCGUCGCCUGUUUCCUUUGGCCCCAAACGUGGCUCCUAUACUUGAGCUCGGUUCUCGUGGGCAUCGGGGCAGCCCUCUUCUGGACGGGGCAGGGCAACUACCUUACUCUCAUGUCCGACCGUGGCACCAUAGCGCGCAACUCGGGCAUCUUCUGGGCGCUGCUUCAAUGCAGCCUCCUCUUCGGAAACAUCUUCGUGUUCUACAUGUUCAUGGGGAAGGACGUCAUCGACGCAGGGACGCGCCUCGUGGUGUUCGCGGCGCUGACGGGCGUGGCGCUGCUCGGCCUGGCGAUCCUGCUGGCGCUGCCCAAGCCCGGCGCCGGCGGGAGCGGGCGCCAGGACGACAUGGGCGGACCUCCGCUCGACGCCCUCAAGAAGUCCUUCGAGCUCUUCAAGACGCGGGACAUGAUCCUGCUCUCGGCGACCUUCUUCUACACGGGUCUAUCCCUGUCCUUCUUCAGCGGCGUCUACAGCACCUGCGUUGGCUCCACACUGAGGUUCAGCGAUCCCACCCGCCUAGUUGGUAUCUCUGGCAUGUGCAUCGGUAUCGGAGAAAUAUCGGGUGGUGCAAUUUUUGUCAUCUUUGCUGACAAAACAGUUAAAAAGGGAAGAGAUCCUGUUGUGCUCAUAGGAUUCCUAACUCACCUGCUUGCCUUUUUCCUCAUCUUCCUAAAUCUUCCUACCAAGUCUCCUCUCGAUCGCACGUUUGAUCCUAGCUUCUUCCCUGGAGGUCAGCCGAGCGAGUUUGUCGCCCUCCUCUGCAGCACUAUGUUGGGCUUCGGCGACGCCUGCUUCAACACGCAGAUCUACUCCAUCCUCGGCUCCAUCUACCAGGACAACUCGGGCCCUGCUUUCGCGCUGUACAAAUUCACGCAGUCGCUGUCAGCCGCCGCCUGCUUCUUCUAUUCAAGUGUGCUGGAGCUUCACUGGCAACUUGACAUCCUUACAGCGUUCUGUAUGGUGGGCACAAUGACUUUCUGCAUAGUAGAGUGGAAGGUCCAAGUCACUGCACCAUCUUCCCAACAUGGCUUGAAAAUAUAAACUUGGAAAAUG